CAGCUUUUCUGUUUUUAAGAUUUAUUCCACAGCUUUGCUUGUUGCAAGGAAAUUUGCAGUGAUCCUCGUGAGCUUUGCUUUUAAGCUGUGUUAAAUUUGUGGCAAGGGUGUCAGGCAUUUCAUACUUGACUUAAGAAAAAAAAAGAAAGAGAGAGAGAGAGAGAGAGAGGAAACGUGUGUGUGGAAGAAAUCUUGCUGGAAUUUCCUCAAAGGUUGUAGUAGGGACUGAAGUGACAAGAAAAGCAAGACAGGGAUAAAAAACUGUGGGGGAUUGUGAAAAGAUGUCCCAUUGCAUAAAGCUGGCUGUUGUAGAAACACUCUGGGAAUACACAUGUUCAUCUUGUCGUGGAUAUGACUGAGUACAAGCAAGUUGCUCUCUAUUGACAGUUCAAAAAGCAUAAGAUUAUGUUUCUCGUACUUACUGCUUUUUUGCCAGUAUUUUUCAAAAUUGAUUUUGUUAGCCUCUCAGUUUUACAGCACUGGAACUGUCCCAGGGGAUACCGAUUGGGGAAUGAAAACUCCACUUGUAUAGAUAUUGAUGAAUGCCUUGAAGGUGGUCUAGGUACCUGUGGCCAAACCUGUGUCAAUGUUCCAGGGUCCUAUCUGUGCUCCUGUUUGCCUGGCUACACUCUGGAUAAUGACAAGUGGUCCUGUUAUGCUGAUGAUCCUGCACCAUUCCUAAUUUUUAGCCAUGGAAAUGCCAUCUUUAGAAUUGACGGAGAGGGGACCAAUCACGAACGGCUAGUUGCCAAUGCUGGCGUAUCAGUGCUCAUAGAUUUUCAUUACAAAGAAGAGAAAAUGUAUUGGGUGGACUCUGAAAAAGGGCUUCUGCAACGAGUGUACCUGAACGGCACAAAACAAGAGAGACUACGCUAUGUUGAAAAAGGUUUUGCAGGGUUUGCCAUCAACUGGAUAAAUCAAGAUAUUCUUUGGGCCAACCACCAAAAAGCAACUAUUGAAGCAACUGACAUGAAUGGAAACAAUUCACGAGUCCUUUUAAAGGAUGUAGGUCAUCCCACAAGUAUUGUUGUUGACCCUGGAAAAAGGUUUGUAUUUUGGUCUUCAGACGGUGCUCUUUCCAGCGUUCACAGAGCAAUCCUUGAUGGAACUGACAUGAGAAGUGUUUUGAGGACCACAGAAAAAAUAAAGACCAUCUCACUGGAUUUUAUUGACACGAGACUCUUUUGGAUCCAGUAUGAUAGUGAGGAAGAUGUUUCACGCAUUGGAUCAUGUGACUAUAAUGGUGGCUCUAUUCAUUUGCCCAAACAUUCUGCCCCACACCAUUUAUUUGGCAUAUCUCUGUUUGCUGAGCACUUCUACUAUCCAGACCCGAAAACUGACACGAUCCGGAGAGCCAGUAAAUUUACAGGAAAGGUUAUAGUCACAAUCAGCCUGAAACCAUCAUUUUUGCCACCUGCUGAAAUAAAAGUGGUGCAUCCAUUUAAACAGCCUGGUGCAAGAACAGAUGCUCGAGAUUUUGAACACAGAUCCUGCCAUUUGAACAAAGAAAACUGCAAGAGAAGCAUCUGCAGGGAUGACUCCAAGACCCAUCGGUGCAAGUGUUCGAAUGGAUUUGUUUUGAGUAGAAAUAGGCAAUACUGUGAAGAUGUCAAUGAAUGUGCUUUUUGGAACCAUGGCUGUACUCUGGGAUGUGUAAAUAUCCCUGGCUCCUAUUACUGUACAUGCCCACGAGGUUAUAUUCUGCUGCCUGAUAGAAAAACAUGUCAUGAGCUCAUUUCCUGUGCAAAUAAUCACACUGAAUGCAGCCAUGGUUGUCUUGAAACAUCUAGAGGGCCUGUUUGCUUUUGUCCAGAGGGAUCGGUGCUCAGAGGAGAUGGCAAAACGUGCUCAGGUUGUACAUCUCUGGAUAAUGGUGGAUGUAGCCAGAUGUGUACCUCUUUAACUCCAUCUUCCUGGGAGUGUGGUUGUUUUCCUGGAUAUAAGCUGCAGGGGAAUAAAAGACACUGCACUGCAAUAGGCCCCAGGCCAUUUUUAUUGUUUGCAAACGGCCAGGACAUCCGCCGCAUCAGUUUUGAUGGAACAGAUUACACAAGUUUACUCGACUGGCAGAUGGGAAUGGUUUUAGCACUGGACUAUGACCCAGUUGAAAGUAAGAUUUAUUUUGCACACACAGCCUUGAAGUGGAUAGAACAAGCUGAUCUGGAUGGCUCAAAUCGUGAAAAAAUUAUUUGCGAAGCUAUAGAUACACCUGAAGGUCUUGCUGUGGACUGGAUUAACCGUAAAUUGUAUUGGACAGACAGAGGGAAGUCGUACAUUGGGAGGAGUGAGUUGAACGGAAUGCACAGAGAAAUGAUCAUCAAGGAGGACAUCUUCCAGCCCCGAGGGAUUGCUGUUCACCCACUAGCUAAGAGAUUAUUCUGGACUGACUUGGGGGUCAACCCACGGAUCGAAAGUGCUUCCCUACAAGGCAUUGAUCGUCUGGUUAUAGCUAGCACUGACCUGGUUUGGCCCAGUGGAAUUACUGUCGACUGCUUAGCUGACAAGUUGUACUGGUGUGAUGCUAAAAAGUCUGUUAUUGAAACCGCAAAUCUGGAUGGUUCUAAACGCCGAAUACUUACACAGAAUGAUGUAGGCCAUCCAUUUGAUGUAGCAGUAUUUGAGGAUCACAUUUGGUUCUCUGACUGGGCUAAGCCUUCAUUAACAAGGGUGGACAAGAAGACCGGCCAAAACAGGGUACGUCUCCGAGGCAGCAUGCUGAGACCCUCAUCAGUGAUUGUAGUUCAUCCUUUGGCGAAACCAGGGGCAGAUCCCUGCCUUCAUGAGAAUGGAGGCUGUGAUCAGAUCUGUGAAGACAGAUUUGGAGUUGCCCAUUGCUCAUGUCACAAAGGCUUUAUGAAAACCCAAAAUGGAAAAACCUGUCAGGCUCUGAAUAUUCCUGAGACACCAGCAGGGGGUAUCUCUGUAUACAAGAAGGCAGCACCACAGAAUAAAACAGCAAUACUGGAAACCUUAUACCAAAGUCCACUGAAUAGUGGGACAUAUGGGGAUACUAACAAUGGGGAGGAGCUACAGACUCAACACUUGCUGAUGGCUGAAAUCAUGGUGUCUGAUCGAGAUGACUGUGCUGUGUUAGAAUGCAAUGUCAACGCCCAGUGUGUUCCCCUGGAAGAUGGUGCUGUGUGUCAGUGUUUGAAAGGAUUUACCAGGGAGGGUAAAUCAUGCUAUGAUGUUGAUGAGUGUGCUCUUAACAUGGACCGCUGUAAUCGACACCUAUCGGACUGUAUCAAUACUGAAGGUGGCUAUGUCUGCAAGUGUCUGGAGGGCUACCGUGGAGAUGGGCUUCAUUGUUACGAUAUCGAUGAAUGCAAGCUGGGGACACACGCAUGUGGAGAAAACACAGUCUGCACCAAUACUGAAGGAAACUACACUUGCACUUGCAUUAAUGGUCUAUCCAGAACUGGGGACAACUGUACUGAAUCUGCUAUGCCUUCUAACAUGAGCACCAGUGGUGACAACAUUUCCUCUGAACAAGAUGGUUUUAUGGGCUGCCCUCCUUCAUAUGAGUCCUACUGUCUUCAUGGCGGAGUUUGUAUUUAUGUUUCAGUUCUACAAGACUAUGUGUGCACCUGUGUGACUGGUUACGUGGGGGAGCGCUGUCAGUUCAGCGACUUGGAAUGGUGGGAACAGCAGCAUGUGGAGCAAAUAAAGAAGCGGAACAUCACAAUUGCAGUUUGUAUAGUUGUGCUGAUCCUGCUGCUCCUGCUGGGAUCUCUUGCUGCUUACUGUUACAGAAGUCAGAACUUUUAUAAGAAGAAUCCAUAUGCGGAAGCGAUAAGAAAUGCCAGCAGCAGCAGCAGUGCCGACAGUGAGAACGUGACACCUACUAGCAAUAAGUCUCGGUUCAUUGUUGUGAUGGCAUGUAACAGUCACAAGGAAGGCAGAGCUGUCAAUCUAAUGGACUGUGAGAGGACCGAUCACGGUCACCCCUGCCCUUCGGAGUCCGGUUUUGUCUGCAGAUGGGCAGGACGUGAGAUGAGCCUUGACUGAGCAUGAGCUGUAGGCUGUGCAUUGAGUUUUGUUAAACAAAUAAGGAACCUGUCUGAUGCUCCCAACUGUGAUUUUAAAAAACAUUAUUUUUCUUUUAAAAAUAUAAUUGUAAAUAUAUAAUUUUACUCCCUGGUUUCAUCUGGCACUACAAAGAGAAGCAAGGAUAAGCUAUUUGCAACUGUAGCUGUUGCAGCAUUACCAAUCCCCUGGAUGCAGGGAAGAUCAAAAGAAUUAGGAGAGCCUGACAGCUCUGAGUGACAUUUCUGGUCCAGAUUCUGAUCCUCUGAGGUCCAGAGUACUUUCAACUCAGUUAUUUUUGAGGGCGCUCAGUAGAAUAGAGCUCCAGUUUUGCAGAUCCAAGAAAUUUGGCUAAGAUUCAGAUAGGCAUCAGAACAUGUGAUUUCUUAUCUGAACUGAGCAUUUGAAGGUUCAUUUUAAAUGCAUUGGUGAGACCACUGGAAUUUGGUUUUUCAAAACUCUCAAACUACUCCGUAGGUUUUUAAGUGUGUUUGAGUUCACAAAUGGGGAUGGAUGGAUCAGUGUUCAAGUCGGGCACCCCAACAGUGCCUGGCUCAGACUGAGGAAGCUAACGAUCAAGCCAGGGGACCAAAUUGGUAAUGAAUAGGUAAUGAAUCCUGGUCACAUGCCAUCUGAGGCACGUUGCGCAUACACUAAGUUCACAAACCUUCCUUCCUGUACUUUAAACUAGGGCUGUCAAGUGAUUACAAAAAUUAACAGCGCAAUUAAUUGCGCUGUUAAACAAUAAUAGAAU